CUCGUAUCAUUCACCAGCUUUCCUUCAUAAUUUCUAUCUGAAAACUAGCAGAUGGCUACUACAAAAUUCUCAUUCUUAACGAUUUCGCUUUUCUUAUUCGUAGUAUCACAUUCAGAAGCUGCGCUUGAUGCUCAUUACUAUGACCAAACAUGUCCACAAGCUGAGAAAAUAAUCCUACAGACAGUUCGUAAUGCUUCGAUCUAUGAUCCUAAAGUCCCAGCUCGUCUCCUCAGAAUGUUCUUCCAUGACUGUUUCAUAAGGGGAUGUGAUGCAUCAAUUUUGCUGGACUCUACCUCUCAAAACCAAGCGGAGAAAGACGGUCCUCCAAAUAUCUCAGUUCGAUCCUUCUAUGUGAUCGAUGAUGCCAAAGCUGUGCUCGAGGCAGUUUGUCCGCACACCAUUUCAUGUGCGGACAUCAUAGCAAUAGCAGCAAGAGAUGUGGUAGCCAUGUCAGGAGGACCUUAUUGGAACGUAUUGAAAGGAAGGAAGGACGGAAGGGUGUCGAAAGCUAAUGACACCAUUAACCUUCCGGCCCCAACAUUCAACGCGACGCAGCUCAUUCAAAGCUUUGCGAAGAGAGGUCUCGGAGUCAAAGACAUGGUUGCUUUAUCGGGCGGCCACACUCUUGGUUUUUCACACUGCUCCUCAUUCGAAGCACGGCUUCACAAUUUCAGUUCAGUGCAUGACAUUGAUCCAAGCAUGAACAGCGAGUUUGCAGAGAAGCUACGAAACAAAUGCCCACAACCAAACGCGGAUCAUACUGCAGGAGAGUUCCUGGAUACGACCUCUGCGGCUUUUGAUAAUGACUACUACAAGCAAAUCAUCAAAGGAAAGGGCGUCUUUGGAUCGGAUCAAGCGUUGCUUGGUGAUUACAGGACCCGGUGGAUUGUUGAAACAUUUGCUCAGGAUCAAAGCUUAUUCUUUAGGGAAUUUGCUGCUUCAAUGGUAAAACUUGGAAAUAUUGGGGUGACUGAAAAUGGAGAAGUCAGAAGUAAUUGCAGAGUGGUUAACUGAGACAGAGAUGGCGAGGGAGUGCAGUCUUUUUUGGAGGGUUCUCUUUUGUAUAUCUUUUUUUUUUCAGAUCAAAAUAAUGAGAGGCUGAACAUCUUAUAAGUGAU